AUGCUUCGAGAGAUUUCUGCCUCAGAGAGUGGAAGUGCAGAGAGGGAGACAGAGGAGAAUGUACCGACGACGGAGGAGGAGAAUGUACCGACGACGGAGGAGGAGAAUGUACCGACGACGGAGGAGGAGAAUGUACCGACGACGGAGGAGGAGAAUGUACCGACGACGGAGGAGGAGAAUGUACCGACGACGGAGGAGGAGAAUGUACCGACGACGGAGGAGGAGAAUGUACCGACGACGGAGGAGGAGAAUGUACCGACGACGGAGGAGGAGAAUGUACCGACGACGGAGGAGGAGAAUGUACCGACGACGGAGGAGGAGAAUGUACCGACGACGGAGGAGGAGAAUGUACCGACGACGGAGGAGGAGAAUGUACUAACAACGGAGGAGGAGAAUGUACCGACGACGGAGGAGGAGAAUGUACCGACGACGGAGGAGGAGAAUGUACCGACGACGGAGGAGGAGAAUGUACUAACAACGGAGGAGGAGAAUGUACCGACGACGGAGGAGGAGAAUGUACCGACGACGGAGGAGGAGAAUGUACCGACGACGGAGGAGGAGAAUGUACUGACGACAGAGGAGCGGACGGACACACAAGCAUGA